CUUGUUUUAGGUAAUAAUUAGGAUUUUAUUGCAUUUUUAUCAAGUAGUUAGUAGUUUAUUAUAACUAUGUGGAAGAAAAGUGGUGGUCUGUUUAGGUAUGCCGAUGGUAAAGACAAGUGGCUAAUGGUGUUUGGGACUUUGGGUAGCAUUGGAGAUGGGCUCAUGACACCACUCACCAUGUUGGUUCUUAGUCGUUUGAUAAGUGAUUUUGGAGUAGCCAACACUUCUUUCUCAAAUGAUGUUGUAGACAAGUACUCACUCAGAAUGCUCUAUGUUGCCAUUGGGGUUGGAAUAUCUGCUUUCAUUGAAGGAGUUUGUUGGACAAGAACAGCUGAGAGACAAACUUCUAGGAUGAGAAUGGAGUACUUAAGAUCAGUACUAAGGCAAGAAGUUUCCUUCUUCGACACUCAAUCAACAUCUUCUCAUACUUUUCAAGUUGUUUCAUCAGUUUCUUCUGAUGCUCAUCUAAUCCAGGACACCAUGGCAGAAAAGGUUCUCUUUUUUAAAGUUUUUAAACAUUUUUCAUACUUUUUAUCUUCUUCAUCUUUUGAAUCUUAUAUUUUCUUUGUUCUCUUUCAACAGAUUCCAAAUUUUCUAGCACAUCUGUCAUCAUUUCUAUUCUGCUUCCCAAUUGCUUUUAUGCUUUCUUGGAGGCUUUCAGUGGCAGUUUUUCCAUUCUGUCUCAUGUUUGUCAUUCCAGGAAUUGGAUUUGGAAAGGUAUUGAAGGAGUUGGGUACAAAAAUAAAAGAUGCUUAUGGCAAUGCAGGUGGCAUUGCAGAGCAAGCGAUUUCAUCCAUUCGUACUGUUUAUUCAUAUGUUGGGGAGAACCAUACUAUGACUAAGUUUAGCAAAGCACUUGAAAAUUGUUCCAAACUUGGCAUAAAACAAGGUUUAAUGAAGGGAAUACUGAUGGGGAGCAUGGGAAUGAUUUAUGCUACUUGGGCUUUUCAAGCUUGGGUUGGGAGCUUGCUUGUUGCUGAAAGAGGAGAAAAAGGUGGCUAUGUUUUCAUAUCUGGGGUGUGUGUAAUUUUGGGAGGAGUAUCUGUAAUACUUGCUCUUCCAAAUCUAUCUUUCAUCUCAGAGGCAUUGAUUGCAGCCGAUCGAAUAUUUGUGAUGAUUGAGAGGGUUCCACUCAUUGACAAUGAAGAUGAAAAGGGAAAAGUUCUCCAACAUGUAAAGGGAAAUAUUGAGUUUAGAGAUGUUGAAUUUAGUUAUCCAUCAAGGCCUGAUACUCCAAUUCUACAAGGUUUUAAUCUCAAGGUGAAAUCUAGUAAGAUGGUUGGUCUUGUUGGGGGCAGUGGUUCUGGAAAGUCCACUAUCAUUUCUUUGCUUGAAAGAUUCUAUGAUCCAAUUAGAGGACACAUUUUUCUUGAUGGGAAUAAACUAAAGACACUUGAAAUAAAAUGGUUGAGGUCCCAAAUGGGGUUGGUUAAUCAAGAACCAAUCCUUUUUGCAACAUCCAUAAAAGAAAAUAUUUUUUUUGGAAAGGAAGGAGCUUCAAUGGAAGACGUUAUUAAUGCAGCUAAGGAUGCAAAUGCGCAUGAGUUUAUUGUUAAAUUACCCGAACGAUAUGAUACUCAAGUUGGACAAUUUGGAGUUCAGUUGUCUGGAGGGCAAAAGCAAAGGAUUGCUAUAGCAAGGGCUUUAGUAAGAAAUCCAAGAAUACUUCUAUUAGAUGAAGCUACGAGUGCUUUGGAUGCUCAUUCUGAAAGAGUUGUGCAAGAAGCCUUGGACAAGGCUUCACGAGGAAGAACAACAAUUGUCAUUGCCCAUCGACUUUCCACAAUUCAAAAUGCUGACACAAUAGUAGUUCUUCAAUCAGGGAAAGUGGUUGAAAUAGGUUCACAUGAUGAAUUAAUUCAGAGAAAACAUGGAACAGGAGGUGCAUAUAGCAAAAUGGUUGAAUUACAGCAAUCAUCCAUACAAAGGGAUGACAUAUCCAUUGGUUUUCAUCAUCCAACAAAAGGUAGAAAACAAGACAAAAUGAUGAGUGCUUAUAGCUCUAUGUCCCCAGCAAAAGUUAGAUCAAGCUGGCAAAAUAGCCCUGCAACCACUCCAUUUAGUCCAAUAUUUUCCAUGAGUGUCACUAAUUCUUUCCAAAUGAGCCAAUAUGAUAACGACCACAAUAAAAGAUCACAUGAUGACUCGUAUUCCUCCCCAUCCCAGUGGCGUUUAUUGAAGAUGAAUGCACCUGAGUGGAAGCAAGCAAUACUUGGUUGUUUAGGGGCUGCUGGAUUUGGAGCUAUUCAACCAAUUCAUGCCUAUUGCUUAGGAACUGUUGUUUCAGUUUACUUCCUAAAAGAUAGCUCUCAGAUCAAAUCAGAAAUGAAAAUGUAUUGCUAUAUAUUUUUAAUCCUAACUGGUUUAAGUUUCAUUACAAAUCUUCUUCAACAUUACAACUUUGCAAUCAUGGGAGAGCGUUUAACAAAAAGGGUGCGAGAAAGAAUGCUCGAGGAAAUGCUCACCUUCGAGAUAGGUUGGUUUGAUCAAGAUGACAACACAAGUGCAGCUAUCUGUGCUCGACUAGCCAAUGAAGCAAGCAUGGUGCGUUCCCUAAUUUCGGACCGCAUAUCAUUGCUAGUUCAAGUUUUCUUCAGUGCCUCUUUAGCUUUUAUCAUUGGACUAAUAAUCACAUGGAGGGUGGCCAUUGUAAUGAUUGCCAUGCAACCUUUGCUUGUUGGAAGCUUCUAUUCAAAGAGUGUCUUAAUGAAAAGUAUGUCUAGAAAGGCUCAAAAAGCUCAGAGUAAAGGUAGUCAAUUAGCAAGUGAAGCUGCCAUCAACCAUAGGACUAUAACAGCCUUUUCCUCUCAAAAAAGAGUACUAGACCUCUUUUGGCUUUCAAUGGAAGGUCCUAAAAAGGAGAACAUCAAACAAUCAUGGUUUUCUGGCAUUGGCUUGUUCACUUCUCAAUUUUUGACAACUGCUGCUAUAUCUUUAACUUUUUGGUAUGGUGGAAGACUCAUCAACAGUGGCCAAGUGAGCUCAAAGCAUUUGUUUCAAGCCUUUUUUCUCUUAAUUAGCACAGGAAAAAACAUUGCAGAUGCUGGAAGUAUGACCUCUGAUCUGGCUAGAGGUGCAAGUGCCAUCAAAUCAAUAUUUGCAAUCUUAGAUAGGAAAAGUGAGAUUGAACCUGAAAACCCAAAAGCAAUUAAGAAAACCAUCAAGGGACAAAUAGAGUUGAAGAAUAUAUUUUUCUCUUAUCCAGUCAGACCAGACCAAAUGAUUUUCGAGGGCCUAACUCUCAAGAUAGAAGCUGGAAGAACAAUGGCUCUAGUGGGACAAAGUGGAUCAGGAAAAUCUACUGUAAUUGGACUAAUUGAAAGAUUUUAUGAUCCACUAAAAGGUUCAAUCUUAGUAGAUGGGCUAGACAUUAAGGACUAUGACUUGAGAAAGUUGAGGUCGCAAAUUGCUUUGGUAAGUCAAGAACCUACUCUUUUCGGAGGUAGUAUUCGAGAGAACAUUCAAUACGGUAAAGAAGAUGCUUCAGAAGUUGAAAUGAGAAAAGCUGCAAAACUUGCCAAUGCUCAUGAAUUCAUAAGCUCAAUGAAAGAUGGCUAUGACACAUAUUGUGGAGAAAGAGGUGUUCAACUCUCAGGAGGACAAAAGCAAAGGAUAGCUCUUGCGAGAGCAAUACUGAAAAACCCGAAAAUCCUUCUAUUGGAUGAGGCAACGAGUGCUCUUGACAGCACAUCAGAGAAUUUAGUCCAAGAAGCAUUGGAGAAGAUGAUGGUUGGGAGAACAUGUGUAGUUGUGGCUCACCGUUUGUCCACCAUACAAAAGGCAGACAUCAUAGUAGUGAUAAAGAAUGGGAAGGUUGCAGAGAAAGGAUCACAUGCUGAGUUGCUUUCUAUUGGACAUCAUGGUGCUUACUUCUCUCUUGUAAAGCUACAAAAUCACUCACAAAAUUGAUGAUAAGGUCAUGAAAGGGUGAGUUUGUGGUGAAUGAUCAACCUCAAAACUUGAUUUUUAGAGCAGUAACAAUAUUCAAGAAACAUCAAAAUCCAGAAACCAAUCACACAUGUCGAAAACUAUAACUUAGAUGAAAUUAGACAAGAAGAAAACUUAAUUCAAGAAUGAAUGAAUAGUGGAUCGUUAUUGAUUGAAUAGUCAGUAGUACACAAUGAGAUAUGUCUAAGAAUCCAACUCUACACAAUGCACAAUUACAAAGAAAAAUCUCACAAUGAGAGAAAUCACUUCAAGAGUGAUACUCCCAUUACUUUCUUCCGGACAGACACUCAUCGUGAUCUUCGACUCUCUCUCUC